GAGAGAGAGAGAGAGAGAGAGAGAGAGAGAGGGAGGGAGGGAGGGAGAGAGAGAGCACAGCAUAUGGAUCCUAAUGCAUCCACAAUCCCAUCUGAUGAGACUGAAGAUCAGGUGUUGCAAUCUGCUUCUUCAACGCCCUCGCAUAAAGAUGAUGAGCUCUUGGUGAUAGCAGCACAGCAGAUGAAUCAUACUUCAUCCACAGCCCCAUCCGAUGAAACUGAAGAUCAGGUGUCGCAAUCUGCUUCUCCACUCUCCAUGAUCGCAUCUAGUCAAUACGGCCUGGACCUCACUGACCGGCCGGAUUAUAGGCAAUGGCGUAAUUCUGGCUUGUCCAGGCGUGACCUAGAAAAGACUAGUCCAAAAGGCGAAAAGAAGUUCACGCACAGAGAAACCGAGAGACAAAGAAGGCAAGAAAUGGCUGCGCAUUUUCAGUCUUUGAGAUUGCUGCUCCCCCUCGAAUAUCUCAAGGGGAAGAGAUCAAUGUCUGAUAUUGUUUAUGAAGCAGUGAAGUACAUAAAGGAUAUGCAAAGCAAGAUCCAGAAAUUAAGUGACAAGAGAGAUGAAAUCAAGAAAUCAGAGUCACCCAACUCUCAUGGUACUGACACAAAUAAUCGGCUUGCAUGUCCUUCUUCUUCUUGUUCUUCUCGUCCCAAGAACAUUGUGAUUGUCAAAUCCUACAAGAGAGGAGUGGAAGUAGCAAUUAGUACCGAACCAGAACAAGGGAUGCCUUUAAGGAGAGUUCUUGAAGUUCUGACUGGAGAUGGAUUGGACCUGAUUAACUGCACCUCCACUAAAGUAAACGGGAGGCUAAUUCAUCGCAUUGAAUCUGAGAUCACUGGCGAGCAAACUGUCGAUCUGUCCGAGCUGCAACAGAAGUUAACGAACCUAGAGUUUGAGGGUAGAGGCCUCAAUGGGGAUUAAGCAUUGUUUUAUAAAAUGGUAGCAUUCCUAUUGUCACUGGGAUUUAAGUUGUGUUCAAGAUGUUUAAACUUGGGAUAAUUCUUAGAACUUGUGCUUUGUUUGUAUAUGUAUUUGUAGCAUAUGAUACGAUCGAUCAUUUUCUGCAUCCAAGAAGAGCUUGUUGUUUUAGGAAUUGAUGGCAUCAAUGUCUCCUUUAUAUCUUGGACACUUAUUUUUAUCAUCAUGAAAAUAUAAAGCUUGGUGAGCUUUAUAUUGAAACAUGAUUUU